AGCGGCAGCAGCGGCAGCAGUUCACCACUCCGGUGACUGCGGUGGCAGCCCAGUGUGCCUCCAGCUCGUGUGACGUAAGGACGCAGCUCCCUACAUACCGCAACUCGCCGCGUCCACACCCUAUGCCUAGCCGCAGUCACGCCUGUGCCCUCGUCCUCGCACUGGACCCUGUAAGACUAGCAUCCGGAAGGGCGCGCCAAGGGAAGUAAGGGAGACCACUGGCCAGGCGGGGAAGCCGACCACCGCGAACAGGUUAAAACUGCAGUUAGAGUAAGAGACAAAGUCGAGGCUUGAGCGCUGGCCCUGUCAUGGUCCGAAGGCGAUCGUGAGGUGGAGUCGGCUGGAGUCCGGGCGGCGGGCGCGAGGAGCCGAGCGAGCGAGGCCGAGCGAGUCGCGACCCGAGGCGGAGGACGUGGAUGGUGCGCGGGUGCCCGAGCGUGUCGGCACGGACUGGCCAGGCGGACCGACGUGUGUGUCAGUGGAUGGCAGUGUCAGCCCCUGGAGUGGUGAUGUGUUCCCAGGGCCACAUGCUCUUGUCCGCCGCCGCCGCCGCUGCCGCCACCGCUACAGCCACCGCCACCACUAACGUUGCCGCUGUCGCCUCCGUAACUAACGCCGCUGCCACCAUCUCCUGCAUUACCAGCACUGCCAGCACUGCCAUCGCCAACGUCACUGCUACAGCUGCUGCCGCUGCCACCGCCAGAAUCACUGCUAGCGCCGUCGCCGCCACCUUGCCAAUCGUCGCCGCAUAUACAUUUCUCGCUGCCACCACCACCGCCAAGAGCAGCAUCGAGGGCGCGGCGGCAGAGCGGGCGGCGAGGUUAGCGCCGGUGUUAUCUUGCGUCUUCAGCACAUCUUGAGGCCGUGAAGGGAGGGACUCGUCGAGACCGCCACUAGGAGUAGAUCUUUAAUUGCCAACUAGCUGCUAAGGUGUUUGUAAAUAUACUAGUAUACUAACGCUACAACUACUACCACUAUCACAACUACUACCACAGCUAUUAUUAUUAUCGUUAUCUAUUAUUAUUAUUAUUAUUAUUAUUAUUAUUAUCAUCUUCACUGUAACUCUCAUCAGUACUGCUAUUAUUACUUUAACAAGUAGAGACAGGCAAUUUUCUAAUUUUCUACUGCAACUUUUUCAUAAGCUGUUGGAAUGUGAUUACUAAGUGCCCUCUAUGAAGUGCCUGUAUCUUAUUACAUUCAUGAUUCUCCCUUAUUUGUAAUGCCUAAGUGAACUCGGUAGAAUUAUUUUCGGAAAGGAAAGAGAGAAGGAGAGCAAAAAGAUAGCCCGGUGAGCCUCGGUGUUUCCAUGCGGCCCCGAAAAGAGAAUUUCGCCCCGGCAGGACCAGCGGCCUGUCGCCUGUGUGCCAUGUGUAGUGAUUGUUGUGACUCGAGUUGACCCCGCCCCUCUGGAAAGGUCUUGGUUCAUUCUUUUUAUCAGCUAUUUUUGAGUUCUUAAGUUGAUUGUGUUCUUUGCCAUAGUUCUUUGACGAUAUCAUUAUAGACUCCAAGUAGCCACUCUUGUGUUCAGCCUCAGUCCCUUCCAAAUCGAACGUCAUAGCCAGUGGGAAAUAUACGCAUGGACGCAAAGGAAACUUUUGAGGACAUUUUUUGUGUGACGAGUUGAAUUCACUUCUAAAGUAAAUAAAGAUACUAGAAUUCUCCCUUAGAAAAAGUGGGCAUUGAAUUUUCGUUUCACGCUGUAUUUUGAAUGCAGAAGAAAAGAAAAGGAAAAUAUAGGGGAAAAAAUAAAUCACGGUAGAUAUAGGAGCCGACAUUCUUAGUGGAGGAGAAUUUAUCGGGUAUCAGACGACGUGCUAGUGAAGUUAGCUGGAACUGACAAAGAGACGAAAGUAAGCGAGGCCAACGGCUCAGCAGAAAGAAAAUCGGAAAUUAUUACGAAACGGUGCAAGCGAAAAGAGAAUUAGCGGAGCAAAAGUUUUUAAGAGUAACGUAACAGCAGCUACGUUGUAUUAAACAAGAGGAACGGAAAGAAGAGAGUUGUGAGGAAGAGAAAAGGAAGGAUAAAGGAAGGACAGGCAGGAAGAGAGGAGUAGGCAGGGAAGCGAAUCAGAUGUUGACGGAUUGGAAGAGCGGACCCCCAGCCUGACCGUAGCCGCCACCGCAGCUCUACAAAAUGGCUUCAAUUAUCAGGUAUGUACAUCUUAGGGAUGUAAGAAUAUAUGGCAUCUCGUGUGCAUUCAUUUGCAUAUAAGCUAAAUAAAGAAUGAUGUGUAUUUCCACGUAAGUAUUCUUAAAACGAC